UUGAAGUGAAUUAAGGAUACGCAAAAGGAUAAAUAAAAAAGCCCUGAAAAUGUUGUUUUUAUGUGCCUCCUUUACGUAUCGGGCGCCUAAAAACAAACCGAUAAGAAUGUUAGAUGAAGCAGAGAACGAUUACCGAACGAAGAAGAGGAAUGGAGGGCUAAUAAAAUACCAGAAAUAUUUACAGACCUCCGAUAACUCCGAUAACCUCCCCAUAAAGUUUCUUUUAAGAUUUUGCAAAAUAUCCGAGCUAAAUUCGAUUUUGAGACGGUCUGCCGCAGCCAGGAAGCAAUGGAGCAGAGCUAGUCGCCACAGAGCGGGAAAACUGAAAUCAUGACUGGCAUUUGCCCGAGGGAGGCAGUUCGGGUGAAAGUGAAGAAAUGCGAGCCAACGCUGCGACCGGAGUGGCGGAAGUUCUCCGUGGACCCCCAGAUCACCACGCUGGAGGUCCUUUACUCGCUGCUGGCCAAGGCCUUUGACGUCAAAUCGGAUUUCUCCAUCAAGUACAAGGCCUUCGAUCCGGCUGGCAACGAAAUCUACCUGGCCGUGCGCUCCGACUGGGAUCUGGAUGCGGCCUUCCUGCGCAUCCACAACAUAUCCAUCCAGACAGCGUCGGAGCCCUGCCUGAUGCUGCAGAUUGAUGUGAAGCCGUUUACGGUGGUGAGGGAGUGCGACUCCGAUGUGUCCCCGGGGCGGUCCUCAACGGGACCUGCUGUCCCUGCGCCACCCUCAAGCACUGGAGCCGUUUCUCCUGCUAUUCCCCGCGAGCUUAUAUCGCCACUCCAGUCCCUCGCAGUGUCCCAGAAAUACGUGCAGCACAUGCAGACGAAGCUCGGCAGUUCCAUCAUGAACCAGAUGGAGAAAACGUUCUCCAUCGUCCAGAAGGCGUUCAAUCUGUCCGACGAGCACAUGGCGAACCUGCCUCCGCGUCCGCCCAUGUGCGAUGGGGAGUUUCGACUGUUUCUGGAUGCCCUGGGACAAAUUCAACGCAAGGAGGAGCUGCACAGAGUCAUCUUCCUGGGCGGAAUCGAUCCUAGUCUGCGGCGCGUGGUGUGGAAGCACCUUCUGAAUGUUUAUCCGAGUGGGAGUCACGGUCUGCCUUUGGAUGGCCACCAGCGCAUGGAGUUUAUGCGAAGAAAGUCGGAACAGUAUUGCCGCUUGAGGGACACCUGGAAGGCGGCUGUGAAGAGAGGAAGUGUGGCCGGGGAGCUGGCCUAUGUGACCAGCAUGGUGAAGAAGGACGUGUUACGCACCGACCGCCUUCACCCUUUCUACGCCGGCAGCGACGACAAUCAGAACAUUGCAGCACUUUUCAACAUCCUCACCACCUACGCACUGAAUCACCCGACCGUCUCCUACUGUCAGGGCAUGUCGGACAUCGCUUCGCCGCUUCUGGUCACCAUGAACGACGAGGCCCAGGCCUACAUCUGUUUCUGUGCGAUUAUGGCACGGAUGCGUGGGAAUUUCAUGCUGGACGGCAUCGCAAUGACCCAGAAGUUCGCCCACCUGACGGAGGCCCUGAGUUUCUACGAUCCGGAGUUCUGGGAGUACCUCAAAUCGCAGCAGGCCGACGAUCUGCUCUUUUGCUAUCGGUGGCUCCUCCUAGAGCUCAAGCGGGAGUUCCCCUUCGAAGAUGCGCUCCGCAUGCUCGAGGUUCAGUGGAGUUCCCUGCGAUACGGAAGUGGUCCCGGGGAAAAGGAGUUGCAGCUGUUCGAGAAGGAAUUUGUGCCCAUUGCGGACAGUUCGGUUCCCAACAGCGCCAGCACAUUCUCAAGCUCACAUAGUGCCACCCCGACCAGCCCGUCCUACCUGCUGACCAAGCCCCGCGAGAAUCCAUACACCAAGGUAUGCGCUCUCCGCCGUCAGAGCUCCUCGGCGUCGCUAAGCUCGCUCAGCUCCUCCCUGGGCACCACUGGCCACGCCCUAGACAAUACCAAGAGGCUGAAUCACAGCCUCGAUGACAAUAUGUCGCGUCAUGCGUCGGCCGCCGCACGUCGACAGCGUCGAACCUCGUCCAAAGUGCACCAGAGCCUGGACGAAGCCAAAAUGCUGGCGCUGAUCGAGGGGGCCCUGGAGAGCGGUCCAAACGCCAAGUCGGCGCAGGAUGUCUCGGCUGGCGAGGACACCGAGGACGAUGAUGUGUUCGAUAGGAAGGAAUCGCCGAGCUUCCUGGAAACGAAUCCCUUCAAGGAUGAUGCCCAGAAAACUCCAGAAGCUGUGAGCAAAGAAGCACCGCCCUCCUCUCCGGGACGAGCCUUCCUGUGCAGUUCUUCCUCCUCCAAUCUGGACGAGGACGCCAACGAAAUCAAGUCGAAGCUUCAGCACAAGAACAUUCUGGCCAUGAGCAACAUCAUCGCCAAGCAACUGGCCACGAAUGCCAGCCAAGUGAGCGAGAGUGUGAAGCGAGUGAGCAGCUCCAGCGGAGGCCACUUCAAGGAUCUCAAGGAAAAGCUAGCAGCCACCAGUCGGAUCGGCCUCUCCUUCGACGGAGAAGCAGACGAGGACGGAGGAGAUCGGAAGAUGCCGCCCAAGCUGGUGAAGAACUUCAAUGAAUUCCUUAACUUCGCCACCAUCAACAAAAACCGCAUAUCCGACCGAUUUGCCACCCAGCAGCCGACAGCUCCGGUAUCCUCCACGAAGCCAGUCGUGCAGCUGACCAAGGGCGGGCUGGGUAGCUCUCUGGAUGAGUCGGAUUCUUCGUCGGUGCCGGAAACCAGUUGGAGUGCCUCCACGGCGGCCACGGCCAUUCAACAGGCGCAGGAGCAGGAACAGGAGCUUAGCAGCUACAAUCUGCAGCUGGACCUGGAGAGCGUGGAGCCAGAUCAGGAUCAGGAUCAGGAUGGUGACCAGGAGUACUACCCCAUGACGACGGCCAUAACGCGGGAGCUGCGUCUGGAGGCGGAGAACCUGGACCGUCAGGUUUUCGGGCUACCCUUCACGGAAAACGAAAAGCGAGAUGACUUUGAGUACGAGAAGCUGGACAAGGAUGCACUGGACCUGGUGGAGGACCUGAAGGAGAACGAAAUCAUUCCGUGUCCAGAUGUCAGCGAGCUGCACAUGAGACGCCGUCAGCGGCUGGCGGCGAAGAGCAAUAGCGUCCAGCAGAGCGAGUCUCAUGCCUUCAAUCCCUUCAUCGACGAGAGACAACUCCUGCUGGACGGCCACAACCCGCUGGGCAUGCGCAGCAGCAGUAGCCUGCCGGAGGUCAUACUGCCGAUUUCCACGGAGCCCAGUCUGGUCGAGGUGACGCCGCUGGUGGAGAUCGCCACAAAUGCCGACGACGAGAGUGCCUACACAAGAUCCCCUCAGCGGAUGGCCUCGCAAAAUGGAGUCGGAGUAAACGCCACGGCGGCGGCUCUGCCUCCGCCGUCUGAGUUCGGUGGCGGUAAUGCCUUCCUCAUGUUCCUCUGCCUCACCCUGCUGCUGCAGCACAGGAACACCAUCAUCAAGGGGGCCAUGGACUACAACGAGAUAGCGAUGCACUUUGACAAGAUGGUCCGCAAGCACGACGUGACCCGCGUACUCAACCAAGCCAGACGGAUGUACAUCGAGUACCUCAAGGCGCAGAGCAGCCCGCUGCGCCAGCGAUCACCGAACGGAACUGGAUCGGCUGGAGUCGCUGCGAACUCAUCGAUGCCCACGUAGAGAAAGGAAACCAUAGUAUUUCUGUCAGCCGGACAACCCAAAGAGCUUGGUUAGACUUCUGCCUAGUUAAGAAUUUGUGAAUUUGGAAAUGUAUUAUCCUUCUUCCGUGUCCUUCGUGGAAGGAAGUUGUUGACAAACCAAAGUCCUCUUCUAUUUUAUACUUUCAGUUAAGAGUUUAUUUAUUUUGACGUACUUAAUCAGCACUUUUGCCAAACGAUCAAGUGAAUCCAUAUUCUUAUUGCUUUGUGUUACUCUAGUCUGCUUAAGGCUCAAGCAUUCCAUGCCCUUGUAAAGAUUACAUUUUAGGCUUCUCUACGCAGUUACUUAUUAAUUUAUGCCCUUUACUUGACAAAGAAAACUAUAACCACGAUCGGCCAAUGUAUUAUCUAUAGACGGCCGAUCGAACUUCUUCUCAAUCCUUUUAACCUCUCAAAAACAAUGAAAUUUUGUAAAUUAAUGUGGAAACCAAACGCUAGUUUUCGAUUAUGCUAUAUAAUGUUACGGAAACUUAAUUAAUCGACAAAUAAACUAAUUCGAAACCAA